AUGUCUACAGCUGUAGCACCUCCAGUGGUUGCUUCACUGCCGCCGCUUGACCAUAAUCCGAGCCCUCGCAGCUACCCCCCACUGGCUCCCUUGAGUUCGAUCUCAUCCAAAGAGCGAUCAGUCGAAAGGCAAUCGGCCACGGAAUUCAGCACUGGUUUCAAUCCCCACGAGAGAACGCCAUCAGAUGGGAAACGAUCCCCAAAAUCCCGUGGAAGUGCGGGCCAUCCCAAGAUAAUUGUCAAGAAAGAGCCUCCCGCUUCUCCUUCCCUUCAAGCCAGCACGCGCCACCGACCGAAGAAGCUGGACUUGAACACCAACACUAGCUCACUAUCAAAUGGAAUCAACUCUCGGCCAUCGGCAACUCCAAUGACGGCGGGAGGUGGUUUAGUCCUCCACGAUGUCGGACUGGCCUGCCUUUCACCCGGGUUCCAAACUCAAGACCCGGCCAUGCGGGAACAAUUAGAAAGAAGUAUAUCGGUGCGAGAUCAACAGAGAUCAAUCAUUCAGGCCAGAUUACUCAAAUCCGCACGAGGCGACCCUUCGGAUCCAGGUAAGCCUUCAGAAGAGUCGACUGGUGGGCCCAAAACCACUGGCAACAGCUCGAAGAAGCGCCCUCCGCCAGGCUUGUCAAUUGUUCCACCAGCUGCAGAGCGUUUUGCCAACGAGCGAGUCAUUCAAUCUGCACCAUUAAACCAAACUUUCACUGGAAGAGACGCCGCCCCUCCCUCGAGACAGAUUAUCAAUCAACCGUCCAACCUCUCACAAAAUUCCCAGAUCCACCACGUGCCUGCCAUCCAAACAAGCAACAGAUUGCCUCCGAUCAGUGACGUCUUUGGUGCAAGUGAGCUCAACCCAGGUCCUAGUCGACCCCCAUUUCUGCAUGCGAAUUCAACCCCUUCACAGUCUCAUGGCCCCCCUCUUCCGUCUCCUGGGUUUCCCCCUCAGACAGCACACCCCAUGUCUCAACAUCAGGCGGCUAUGGAUCGAGCUAGAGAGUACAGGUCUGCAGAGGAAGCUGUACAUGACAUGACUGGCGGCCGUGAGGAACUGUUGCCCAAGAUCGUGCACUACGGUGGCCAUCAGCCUCCCACACCUCCAUCCCCACACCCGGGACGAAAGGACAACUUAACUCCCAGUAAAUACCAACCGGCCAGCAUUUCAACCAGCCGAAGACGAAGUCGGAACGAGUAUGAAGGCUCUAGCCCUCCUUUGGGCUCUGGACGAGAACGAGUUCGGUAUAGUGGGCCUUUUGGUGAAGGACGCGAUAGUCCAGCUACACAAAGGGCGAAAAAGGAGGAAUUCCUGUCCCUGUGCUCGCGAGCGUGGGAUCUUUUCCACUCUUGA